GGAGGCGGGGCCGGAACCGGAGCCGGGCGCGGGCAUGGCGGACGCGGUGCUGUUCCGGCGCGGCACCGGCCAGAGCGACGACUCCGACAUCUGGGACGACACGGCCCUCAUCAAGGCCUACGACAAGGCGGUGGCCUCCUUCAAGAACGCCUUAAAGAAUGGGGAGUGCUCGGAGCCCUCAGACAAGCAGGAGCAGCGCAUGGUGAUAAAGAGGAAAAACCAUAAAAAGAACAGGAAUAGAAAGAAGAGCAACGCAGCGCCUUUGAAACAGUGGAAGGUUGGUGACAGGUGCAGUGCUGUUUGGUCUGAGGAUGGCAAUCUGUACCUGGCAACUAUUGCCUCCAUCAACCAGAAGAGAGGCACGUGUGUUGUCACUUACACGGGAUACGGGAAUCAGGAGGAGCAGAACCUGUCUGAUCUACUUCCUCCAGCCAGCGAUGAAAUAGUAAAUGGGACGGGGAAUUCUGGGGAGAAUGAAAAUGAGACUCCAUAUUCAACAGAUGAAAGCGAAAAAUCUUCCCAGUCACCUCGAAACAAAAACAACUGCACAAAAGCAAGAUUCUCCCCUCAAAACCUGCGAUUUCCCACACCACCACCACCGCCACCACCGAUCCCAGGCCUGGGAAGGCCUGGAUCAAAAUGCAAGACACCGCCAUCAUUUUUAUCUUGCUGGCCGCCGCCUUUCCCAGCAGGACCACCGUUGAUUCCUCCUCCACCACCUAUGAGGCCAGACUGUCCUGAGGACGACGAAGCAUUGGGGAGCAUGUUGAUAGCCUGGUACAUGAGCGGUUAUCACACUGGGUAUUACCUGGGUUUAAAGCAAAGUCGAAUGGAAGCAGCACUGGAGAGACAAACACAUGCAAAAUAACUGAGUAUCAUCAUUGUUCUGAACCAGGUACAAAUCUUUCCCACUGAGAGGUGUGUAUCACUGUAUCACUGACUGAUGGUUGAUGGUGAAGAACAGAAUUCUAUCAAGACAAUUAGUCAUAAUGUUUGCUUAACACUCAGCUGCCCCUGUUAAUGAGUAAAGAAAUAACUUAAGUAACUUCAUUUACUAGUAAGUAAAUGUACCUUGAAAUGAGCCAUUUAAGACCUCCAGUCAAAUGUAUUUAGCAAGGACUGCAGCAACAAAGUAUUUUUUACUUCCCUGAGACAAUUUCAAGUCUUCUUACCACACCAUAGAUUUAACCUUUUCGAUCCCACGUGGUAGAUUUCAUUUACCUCUCACCUUAACACCUCUUGUAUUCCUCAGACAUUUUGUCUGAAUGACAGCACCAGAACCUUUGGUUAUGGAAUACUCCUUUACAAAAGAGAGCGCUGUGGCAGCAGUGUGUGUUACAGUGCCCACAGCUGGCAAUGGCCCGGAAAACAGUGCACUGUCAUAGCAACAGAGGCAUCCUAUGGGUCUGAUUAGAAUCAUGAACAUGGCAGCGUUAUUCAGAAAGACCAGUUUCUUGUUUCGAGUGCUUGUUAAUAAAGUUCUACUUUUCAAA